CUCUAUUCAUUUCUAUCUGCCACGUGGUAGGUACAAACACUUGCUCCAGCUCCAAACCAUGUUUGAGAAGAUUCAGUUUAUCCAUUUUGCGGACAUCAUCACAUGACAUCCUUGGUUAUGCCUACCAUGGCCUCCUCUCUGCUUCUCCAACUUGGUUCUACUUGUGGUAAAAGUCCCUCUUUUGCUCCUCCUCAAAGCAUUUUGGUUGACAAACUUCGAAGAUUAGUGAUUAAAGUCAAGUCCUCAGAGACAAGGGAAUGCACCACAGCUAUGUUUAAUGCCAAUUCACGUAGAGACUUUCUUGGGUUAGCUUUAGGAGUCUCGGGUCUCUUCAUCGGUUCGCUGGAUGCAAAUGGAGCUGGUUUGCCCCCAGAGGAAAAGCCUAAACUGUGUGAUGACACUUGUGAGAAAGAGCUUGAAAAUGUGCCUACGGUAACUACUGGAUCAGGUUUGCAAUACAAGGAUAUUAAAGUUGGACAAGGUCCUAGUCCACCAAUUGGAUUUCAGGUGGCUGCUAAUUAUGUUGCAAUGGUUCCCUCCGGACAAAUAUUUGAUAGUUCACUGGAGAAAGGUCAGCCUUAUAUUUUUCGUGUUGGUUCUGGUCAGGUGAUACAAGGACUUGAUGAAGGUAUUCUGAGCAUGAAAGUAGGAGGGAAACGUCGACUGUACAUACCCGGAUCACUGGCAUUCCCAAAAGGCCUUACUUCUGCUCCUGGAAGACCAAGGGUGGCUCCAAGCAGUCCAGUCAUAUUUGAUGUUAGUUUGGAAUACAUACCGGGGCUUGAAGUGGAUGAGGAAUAAAAUGAGUUUGUCCAUUCUAGCUUUAAUUGUAGUACCUAAUCAAUCUUGUAUCUUAAUUUUGUUUGUCACUGGCACCAUCACCAUUCUAUACGAUCGUUAAUUCUUUUUGAGAAAUUCGCAAAAAUCUCCUAGCUAUGUUGAGUAACAUUGUUCUGACUUCUGAGUUCAAAUAUCACGAAAAAAUUUCCUUAUGUUUCUA